UCUGCCUUCCUCUUCUCUUUUUCUUUCUUCUCUCUUUCUUUCUUCCUUCUUUCUCCUCUCACUCUCAAACCCUAAAAUACCAAGGCCAUAAAAAAUUUCCAAUUCCACCAAAUGGGAUCAACCCACCAAACCUAAGAGUUUUCUUCACUCACAGAACCCAUCAAAGAUUGGUUCAAUCAAUCAAUCUUAACUCCAGCCAUUUCAAUUAUGGCACAUUUUACCACUUCCCCCUACUUCAAGGCCUUAACUUUAACCAUUUUGUUCCUAAAAACCCAAGCUUUUGACCCAAUUCCAUUGUUCUCCUUUGCUGAAUUUGAGAAAGAUCCAAAAUUUAAGUCCAAUGUGGCUCUCUUUGGUGGUUCAAAGGUUAUGAAUGGUGGCUCGGGGAUUCAGCUAUCUGGGUCUGGGAAGGUCAUGUACAAAAGACCCAUCAAGCUUCUUGAAGGUAAACCAAAGCAAUUAGCGUCUUUUUCGACUUACUUUACAUUUUCAAUGCCAUUGUACAAUAGGGGUGGUUUGGCUUUUGUUAUGGUUCCAAAUGGUUCAAAAAGUGAUUUUUUUGAGAAAAGUUCUUCUGGGUAUCCUUCAUUGUUGAAGAAUGGAAAAUCUGGAGUUGUCGGUGUUGAGUUUAGUCCUUCAACAAAGGGUGGUCAUGUAAGUUGUAGUGUGGCCAUUAAUGUCGGUGACCCAGUUAUUCCAGCUAGAGCCAUUAACAAAUCUUUCAAUUGGGUUGCUAAAAAUGGAGAAAAGUUUCAUGCUUGGAUUGAUUAUGUUGCAAGUUCAAGGCAGUUAGAAGUUAGGUUGAGUCAACAUGGUAACACAAAGCCAUAUGAUCCAUUUCUCUGGCACAAAAUUGACUUAGCAGAAGUGUUGAAGGAGAAACAAUUUUUUGUUGGUCUUAGUCCUAUGAAGUUGUUGGAUGAUUCAUCUUCUUAUGAAUCUCAAGCAUGGUUCUUGUAUUCAUGGAGCUUUGUUGUAAGGAAAUUCCCACACACUAUGCAUUCAGAGCCUCUAGAUCCAAAGGUACUUGUUAAGACCUCAAGUAAGGGUAAGAAUCCUGUGGUUAAUAAUAAACCAAGGAAUGAUGAUUGCAUUUUGAAGGUUCUUUCUGCAAUGAUAUUUGGUACUGGUUGUGGAGCAUUGACAGCAUUUGUUGUGCUUUAUUUGUGGACCAUAUUUGGUGGUAAUAGGAGACCUGUGGUGCCUGAAGAAUGUGUUAUGCAACAUGAUGUUGAAUAUAGGAAAGUUAAAAUUGUUGUAGAUAAUAAGACCAUAGAAGAUGGUAAGAAUUAGUAGUAGCAGAUCUUUUGAGGUGUGAAAAGCAUUAUUGGUUUCUGUUUUUUAUUUUUUAUUUUUAGUUUUGAUGUUUUUAAUUUUUAAUAUUUUGUGAAGAAAAACAAAAAGUAAUCUGUUUUUCACAAAAUAUUAAAGUAAAAACAAAAACACUAAAUAAAAACUAAAAAUAAAAAACAAAAAGGAAAAACCAGAAACUAAAUAGGCAUGGUGUUUUGUAAAUUUUUAGUGUUUACUUUUUUGUAUUUAAGUUUUGUUGUUGUAUUUUAGUAAUAUGUACGCUAAAGGGCUGUGUCUAAUUUGGUCUUUUUCAUCUAUGUUGUUGACUUGUUGUAUUGCUGAGCACAUUCAGAUUGAGAUCUUCCGACUCUGUGUUAAAAGGAUGGUUUCUUUAAUUGAAACAUGCUUAAAUUAUUGAAGUUGUUAAUACAAUGUGUGAUGUUGCUGA